AUGAAUCCAGCGGAUGUGGACAAAGCAAUCCAAAAGGCGUUUAAAGUUUGGAGCGAUGUGUCACCACUAACAUUCAAAAGGAUCUAUGAUGGCAAUGCAGAUAUAAUGAUGUCUUUUGAAACUGGAGAUCAUCGUGACAAUUCUCCCUUUGAUGGACCUGAUGGAUUCCUGGCUCAUGCCUUUCAGCCUGGCAAUGGUAUUGGUGGAGAUGUUCACUUUGAUGAGGCGGAAUAUUGGACAAAAGGCUCAAAUGGAUACAACUUGUUCCUUGUCGCAGCCCAUGAACUUGGCCAUUCACUGGGUCUGUCUCAUUCUACUGAUCCUGGUGCCCUGAUGUACCCCACCUAUUCCUACACUGAGCCUAACGAAUUUCGCCUUCCUCAGGAUGACAUUAACGGCAUUCAAGCAGUCUAUGGACAUUCAGAUAACCCCGUUCAACCAACUGGACCCACAACACCAGUGACUUGUGACCCCAAAUUGACUUUGGAUGCUGUUGCUACCCUGCGUGGAGAACUGCUGUUCUUUAAGGGCAGGUAUUUCUGGCGCAAGCAUCCUCAGAUGACAGAAGUCGAACUCAAUUUCAUUUCUUUAUUCUGGCCAAAUCUGCCAUCUGGAAUUCAAGCUGCUUAUGAAAAUGUUGAAAGGGAUCAAGUUUUUCUUUUUAAAGAGAACAAAUAUUGGGUCCUCAGUGGGAAUGACUUAGUGUAUAACCACCCAAAAAGCAUCUAUGACUUGGGCUUCCCAAAAAAUGUUAAGAGAAUUAAUGCAGCUUUCAAUGAUGAGAAUUCAGGGAAAACAUACUUCUUUGUAGGUGGCAAGUACUGGAGAUAUGAUGAAAACAGGCAGUCCAUGGAUCAGGGUUAUCCAAAGAAGAUAAUCAAUGAGUUCCGAGGAAUUAGCAAAAAUAUUGAUGCUGCUUUCCAGUAUGGUAGAUACAUCUAUUUCUUCAUAGGAACAAGACAGUUCCAGUUUGAUCCUAACGUCAAGAGAGUUGUCAGUGUCAUGAAAAGCAAUAGCUGGUUUAAUUGCUGA